AUAUUCUCGUUCCCUGUACACGAUGCGUUUAUUUAUGGGUGACUCGCAGAGCUAACAAGAGUCAGUUUUUCGGUUUUGAACAGUUGGAAGGCAUGAGUACCAUGAAUUCCUAACUGUAUACAAAAAAGCAAGACAUUAGAUGGUUUACAUCAUUUCUGGAAUCAUGUCUUUCACUGGAAAAGAUCGUCAAUUUCGCAAGCCUUUAUGGCGUCAUUUACCAGAUAGAAGGCACGCCUGUAUCCUUGCUCUAUUAAAAGUUUCCAGCACUUUCAUUAUCAUCAGUCUGUAGGGUAGUGUAGAAAUAAUUUAUGUUCCAUUAACAUCACCACAAAGAUACAUGUAAUAAUGGCUUUAAAUGGACAUGAUGAGACAUCAGAAAUUCCAAAGAAAAUUCCAAGAAUAGAACCUAGUGAACUGGAACAGUUUGAUGAUCUCUUUCCUGAACUUGUAAAUAUCUUGCAUCAGAAAUGGUCAGACAGUAAAGAAAUUACUGAUGCUUUAAAUUGGUUUACAGAGGUCUCUGAAUACAAUGUACCAUUUGGUAAGAAAAAUCGUGGAAUCUCAGUAGUAACAACAUACAAACUUCUGGUAGAAGACGUUUCCAAUGAGGACAUAAAACUAGCUAGAAUUCUAGGAUGGUGUAUAGAAUGGCUACAGGCAUUUUUCUUGGUUGCUGAUGACAUCAUGGAUAAAUCUAUAACUAGAAGAGGAAAGCCAUGCUGGUAUAAACAGAACAAUGUUGGAUUGAUAGCUGUUAAUGACGCUAUAUAUUUAGAAGCAUGUGUUUAUGAGAUACUUAAACAUUACUUCAGAAAGAAACCAUACUAUAUUGAUCUUGUAGAACUUUUUCAUCAGAUCUCCAUGCAAACAGUUAUGGGACAGUGUUUAGAUCUGAUUACAGCCCCUGUUGAUGGUAAAGUUGACUUUACAAAGUUUACAGAGGAUAGAUACAAUGCUAUAGUGAAGUGGAAAACAGCAUAUUACUCAUUCUAUCUGCCUGUAGCCUUAGCUAUGUAUAUGGCUGGUAUAACAGAUGAGGAAAUACACUCCAAGGCUAAAACAAUUCUGAUUGAGAUGGGUACAUUCUUCCAAAUACAAGAUGACUAUUUAGAUUGCUAUGGAGAUCCUUCAGUUAUUGGCAAAAUAGGAACGGAUAUACAGGACAAUAAAUGUUCCUGGUUAGUAAUACAGGCACUGAAGAGAGUCAGCAAGGAACAAAGAACUGAAUUACAGAACAACUAUGGAUGUGACGAUUCUACAAAGAUUGGGAAAGUCAAAGAUUUAUAUGAACAACUAGAUCUACAAACAGUUUAUAGAGACUAUGAAGAAAAUAGCUUUAACUUAUUAAUGAAUCUCAUCGAUAAAAAUUGUGAUAUGUUACCAAAAGAAGUUUUUACAUCAUUUGCAUAUAAAAUUUACAAAAGACAAAAGUGAUGUUAUGAAUAAUAGGAUUUCUAUGUUAUUUAAUAACAAUUUGUUUAAAUGUGUAAUGUAGUCUAAUGAGUUUUAUUAUGAAAACAAUUUGUAUGAUAAAAUGUAAUUUGUUUUA